CAUUGAACCUGUUGUUCAAAACCAGUCAUGUGUCCAUUCUGUUCUCUUCAUAGGUGAUCAUGGAGGAAGCACUUUACUCCCGCCGAAUGUCACCAACGAAUUUCCAGAAUAUGGGACCAUGGAGGACGGUGGAGAAGGCCUAAGAACUUCUCUCGAGUUUGAUGCAGAGUCUCUGCCAUGCUGCCCGCAGCGGCAGCAGGGGGUCCAGCCUCAUGCCGGCCACCCCUCUGUGCUCAACAGUAUUACAGAAGGACCAAACGAUGUUGGGGGGGCCUCCUCUCAAAGUCACCUCAAGGAACAAAGUUUACAACCCAUAGACUCUUUGAUUUCAGCUCUGAAAGCUACAGAAGCCAGAAUAGCUUCUGGAACGUUACAGGCUACAAAGGUACUGGACACAGAUGCUGUUUCUAGUCACUCGGUUCAGCAGGUGGACAAAGAGCUGGACACUGCCAGUCAUCAAACACAGACAGCCAACAAACUGUUCCCUGCUGGCCAGGAAAAACCACCAGAUAUACCUCUUUCAGCGGAAGUGACGACGGAGGAAGGUGUUCUUCUGCGCGUCCAGGAGGAUCUGACAGUGCUGUUAAGUGGAGAAGCUCAGGGGGAGCUUUCCCGGGUAACUGCCAGUGGGAGGAAAGGGGCUCUCCGAGUGCAGGAGCCAGCUUGUCCCGGGUCCUCCCUGGGGGGCCCAGCAGCAGCCCACAGCUCUGCGGGCAGCACUGGCUUCCUGAGAGAGGGGAGGUCUGACCUGCAGAGAGAGCACGCAGGGGGAUGUGAUCGAGGCAGCUCCACGGGACGGCCUGGCCGGGUCAAACAUGUGGAAUUUGAAGAGGUGGAGAUAUUGUGGACAGGAGGGAAGAAAAGAGAGACCCGGCAGCCUGCGGAUUUUGAGACAUCCUUGGAAAGGACUACCUCUCCUGAAAAUAAGGGGUUUUCCAAAUUGCCAAGCCACCUCACCUCUUCUGCUGGUUUGUGUAAUUCAGUUGGUUUCACCGAGCGUGUUGGGGGCGACACCUGGAGAGGUCCUUCAGAGAGGCCCGCCACUAGCUCGGGGACAGUUCCCUCCGCACCUCUUAUUGAGAGUGGAGAGGAUGAAGUCUUCCUGAAGGAAAACAAAGACCAUCGUGAGGAGAAGCCUGAACUGGAGAGAGACAAGGAGAGGAUUCUUGACCACGAGGAGCACUUUGCGGGAGGAGAGGAUGACAUCCUUGGGCCCGGGUACACGGAGGACUCCACGGAUGUGUACAGCUCCCAGUUUGAAACCAUCUUGGACAACACUUCUUUAUACUACAGUGCUGAGUCCUUGGAGACAUUAUACUCAGAGCCCGAUAGCUAUUUCAGCUUCGAGAUGCCCCUCACUCCCAUGAUACAGCAGCGCAUUAAGGAAGGCGGUCAGUUCCUGGAGAGGACGUCAGUGGGGGGACAGCAAGACAUCCUGAGCGUGUCCGCAGACGGCGGGAUCGUGAUGGGCUCGUCUAGCGAGAUCACCAAUGGGCUCAGUGGCGCUGGGGAAUCCAUCUACAUGAAAGGCACCCCGGAGAUUGCCUUCUGGGGAAGUUCUCGCAGCCAUGCUGGGGUGAAAACAGCACUGCUGGAGGCUCAUGCUGAAAUGGGGAACACUGAAAUUCUGGAAAAGGAGCCCUCAGAAAGUCUCAGUAAUGGCACUAGCAGCAACAUAGAAGCAGCCAAGAGGUUGGCCAAACGCCUUUAUCAACUAGACAGAUUCAAAAGGUCGGAUGUCGCGAAGCACCUAGGCAAGAACAAUGAAUUUAGCAAACUAGUUGCAGAAGAAUAUCUGAAGUUCUUUGAUUUUACAGGAAUGACGCUGGAUCAGUCUCUCAGGUAUUUCUUUAAAGCAUUUUCUCUUGUGGGAGAAACUCAAGAACGAGAGAGAGUUUUAAUACACUUCUCCAAUAGAUAUUUUUAUUGUAAUCCGGAUACCAUUGCUUCACAAGACGGCGUCCAUUGUCUCACCUGUGCAAUAAUGCUUCUUAACACAGAUCUCCAUGGCCAUAAUAUUGGAAAGAAGAUGACCUGCCAAGAGUUCAUUGCAAACCUCCAAGGGGUCAAUGAGGAUGGUGAUUUCUCCAAGGAUCUACUGAAACUCAAAGCAUGCUGGAAAGGGACUCCAUCCCUGAAGGCUCUCUACAACUCCAUCAAGAAUGAGAAGCUUGAAUGGGCGGUAGAUGAUGAAGAGAAAAAAAAGUCUCCAUCGGAAGGUACUGAUGAGAAGGCUAAUGGAACACACCCAAAGACCAUCAGUCGUAUUGGGAGCACUACCAACCCAUUCUUGGACAUUCCUCACGACCCAAACGCCGCUGUGUACAAAAGUGGGUUCUUGGCUCGGAAAAUUCAUGCAGAUAUGGAUGGAAAGAAGACUCCAAGAGGAAAGCGGGGAUGGAAAACCUUUUAUGCUGUACUAAAGGGAACAAUUCUUUACCUGCAAAAGGAUGAGUAUAAGCCGGAAAAGUCUCUGUCUGAAGAGGACUUGAAAAACGCAGUGAGCGUGCACCACGCUCUGGCGUCCAAGGCCACGGACUACGAGAAGAAGCCCAAUGUGUUUAAACUGAAGACUGCCGACUGGAGGGUCUUGCUCUUUCAAACCCAGAGCCCGGAGGAAAUGCAAGGCUGGAUAAACAAAAUUAACUGCGUCGCAGCUGUGUUUUCCGCACCACCGUUUCCCGCAGCCAUUGGGUCUCAGAAGAAGUUCAGCCGCCCACUUCUGCCUGCCACUACAACAAAGCUGUCUCAGGAGGAACAGCUGAAGUCACAUGAGAGCAAGCUGAAGCAGAUUACCACCGAGCUGGCCGAGCACCGCUCGUACCCCCCGGACAAGAAGGUGAAGGCCAAGGAGAUAGAUGAGUACAAGCUGAAAGAUCACUACCUGGAGUUUGAGCAAACCCGGUAUGAAACGUACAUCGGCAUUCUGAAAGAAGGAGGCAAGAAGCUCCUGGGCAACAACGGCAGCGAGGCCCCAGGACUGAAGAAGUCGCAUUCGAGUCCUUCGCUGAACCCAGAUUCAUCUCCGGUCACUGCCAAAGUCAAGCGCAACGUGUCAGAGCGGAAAGACCACCGACCUGAAACACCCAGCAUUAAGCAAAAAGUUACUUAGAAUCCAUCUGCGGCCAGGAUGGGGCUGGUCAUGGAGCAAAAUAGAGUUUUUCAAGAUCUUUCUGGUAAAUCCGUGAAUAUAUUUAAAAAAACAACAACAACAAUAGUCUGUGACUAAAUGGUGCAUUAGUAACCUUUUCUAUUGUAUAUUUUUGUUCGUUUCUGUACAGAUUGUCUCUUUGCUCUUGAUUUCUUUGCUUUGACGAUUUUUGCCACUUGAUAACUAAUGCACCUUUUUGUGAGGGGAAGGGGGUCAUGAUUUCAGAUUGAAUUGUGUAUCAUUUCUCCCUUGGUUUCCUCGUUUGCACUCUCUCAGUUGUUUUAUGUAUUCUCAAACCAACUGUUACACUUUUUUUUUAAGGUGAAAAAAAAUUGAAUCCAUUGUGAACCACUUUACUGGACAAACUUAGUUUAGUCAGUUCCAGCCAGACUUAACGUAAACCUUCAUAUGUGAAUUCUUGCCAGUCACAGAGGUGGCAUUGCGCACUCACAGAACUUGGCCUCAAAAUUCCAGUUCGGGAAUCAGUGCCCCAUGCUGACGCAGCUGUGCGGGCACCUCAGCACUUGUCUUUGGGGUCUGACCCUGCCGGAAGCAGGGAGAGGGGUGCGGAGAUAGCGGAACUGGAGAACUUAUAAAGCGUGCUGGAGUGUUGAGUCCAUUUCAGCCAAGCAAGGGAAGAGGAGGUGGGACCUUUUUGCUACUGAAGGUUAAGGAAAGAUGACACCAGGUUCAUUUUGUUCUCUAAAGAAGCAUGACAAUGAUCAACUCGGGAGCGGCAGCAGGAGGCAGGUGUUCACGCUGCACUGUUACCUUACUCCCACGGGGUCUAGACCAGGAGUCCAGAACCAUCUCUGUUGUCAUCACCCUGUCAUCCAGGAGUUUAAACAUGUGUAGGCAGCUGUUGUGUCCUGGUUGUAAGAACAUCAGGGUCUUAAGCAAAACAAGUAAGAGAGGAACAGGGAGCUGCAGGUUUCCAGCAUGGAAUCCUGAGUCUUUAAAGUCAACCUGAGAGGAAUAAAUAGUCUGAAUGGACAGUGGUUGGAAAAGUGAGGAAUCUGCCGGUUGCAUAUACCGAGUAACUUAGUUUAUUCAUAUCUUAGUCUCUUUGAUAGUCACUUCUCUUUGCUCCUACUGAACUUUCUCCUAAGAAUAAAGAUUUUAUUUUAAAUCCUU